UCUAAACAAAGCAAUUGCCGUGCAUGUAUGUUCUGAUUAUUCUUCGUAGAACACUUGUAGUUGUGUGGUGAUUAAAGAGAUAAAUAGCACCUGAAUGAUUGUAAUAAGACAUACCGUGUGAAAUAUACGAGCCGAACAAAUGAAUGUAAUUUAAGUGGAGCGGCUCAGUUUGCGAGUGAAUGAAGAAAGUGAGAGAGUGCGUGUCGCUGUAGAGAAGAAAAGAAAGAUAAUCAAUCGUCAAAAGGCACUCAUUUAAUUCUGAUUAAAUUGUGAGUACGUGGCUUAUUAAAUUAGGAUGCAUUUUCUAAAUGCAUUUCGUAUCCGGAUGAUCACAGUCAUCUUGAUACUAUUUAUAUUUUGGCAAAUAUUCCGACAUUGGCCCGGUUCAGACGAUUAUGCGAAUUUAGAGCGUGCAAUCGGCUCGCCAGUAGUGGUGAUGGUAUUUUAUGAAGCACUCUGUCCAGAUUCAAAACAUUUUAUUCUCAAGCAAUUACUGCCAUCGUACGACAAAGCUCCGUCACUUAUCGAUUUUCAAUUGGUUCCCUAUGGAAAAGCAACGACGAAUACGAAUCGAGAUGGAUCGCUUUCAUUCGAUUGCCAACACGGACCCGUAGAAUGUGAAGCAAAUACUUAUCAUGCUUGCACAAUUGAAGCAGUACAAGACCAAAAGGUGUUACUAGAUAUGAUUGCCUGUAUGAUAAAAAAUAAUUUUCGGCCAAAAGAUGCUAUGAUUUCGUGCGCCAAAGAAAAUCGCGUCGAUUACGAAGCAAUCACAAAAUGUUUUGAUAGUCCGCAUGGAGCUGAACUGUUAAAAUUGCAUGGUGAAGCAACAGCCGCCCUCCGACCCCGCGUUUCAUUCAUUCCAACGAUUACACUAGACGGAUCACAAGGCAGACAAGCAUCGAUAUUAAAAGAUUUACUCGCCGAAGUGUGCAAAAUUGUGGCUGGCCAUGGACCACUACCAGCACCUUGUCUCUAAUCCAUCUCUCUUCCGAUUACAACGACUACCUUUUCUUACUAAAUUUUAGCGACAAUUUGUAUAAAUAACUUAACGCAGUGCAACUAAAUGUUACUCAUUAUUUUCGUUUAUAAUAUUCAACACAUGUCAUGCAUGCGUCACGUCUUCAGUAUCAAGUGAAAUAUUGUUUGUUUACCUUUUCUCUCUGAAUUCUAUGGAUGAGAAGAUUAAAAUAUGCUAUUUUCAGUGAGCCGAUGAUGAACAUGUAUUGUGACCCGAUAAAAGUGUGUUGCUUAAAAUAACUUAACGACAAAUUGUGUUUAUAUAUACUUACUUUGACAUUAUUUCUUCUUGUUUUUUUUUUGUAUUGACGAACUGACCAUUGCAUACCAAAAAGAUA